AUGAUUGGCCAGCGACAAAACCAGUCAUUCCGAGUAAAGGACGGUCGCACGGUCGAGGGUCAAGUAUAUCCCUUCCGACUGUUGCUCUCCCUUCCGCCGUCGCUCUCCCUUCCGCCGUCGCUCUCCCUUCCGCCCGUCGCCCUUCUUUCCCCCUCGUCGCCCUGCCUUCCGUCCGUCGCCCACCCUUGUUCCCGUCGCCCUCCCUUCCCGUCGCCCUCCCUUCCCGUCGCCCUCCCUUCCCGUCGCCCUCCCUUCCCGUCGCCCUCCCUUCCCGUCGCCCGCGCUUCUUCCCGUCGCCCUCCCUUCCCGUCGCCUUCCCUUCCCGUCGCCCGCGCUUCUUCCCGUCGCGCUUCUUCCCGUCGCCCUCCCUUCCCGUCGCCCUCCCUUCCCGUCGCCCUCCCUUCCCGUCGCCCUCGCUUUCCCCGUCGCCCUGCCAUCCACUCCCCGUCGCCCUCGCCUUCCCUCCCGUCUCCCUUCCCAUCUCGCACACUUGUCACCCUCCCUUUUCUCUCCCUACUCCCUCUUUUCCCUCCCUCCAAUAAUCGCCUUCCUUCCCCCAACUUAUACCCCUUCCCUGCUUCCCCCCAUCCCCUGCCCUGCUUCCCCCCAUCCCCUGCCCUGCUUCCCCCCAUCCUCUUCAUUCUUUCCCCGUAUCCCCAGCCCUGCUUCCCCCCAUCCCCUUCCCUGCUUCCCCCCAUCUCCUUCCCUUCUUCCCCCCAUCUCCGUCCCUGCUUCCCCCCAUCCCCCUCCCUGCUUCCCCCCAUACCCCUUCCCUGCUUCCCCCCAUCCCCUUCCCUGCUUCCCCCCAUCCCCUUCCCUGCUCCCCCCCAUCCCCUUCCCUGCUUCCCUCAUUCCCUUCCCUGCUUCCCUCAUCCCCUGCCCUGCUUCCCCAUGUCCCCUGCCCUGCUUCCCCCCAUCCCCUUCCCUUCUUCCCCCCAUCUCCUUCCCUUCUUCCCCCCAUCCCCCUCCCUGCUUCCCCCCAUACCCCUCCCUGCUUCCCCCCAUACCCCCCCCUGCUUCUCCCCAUCCCCCUCUCUGCUUCCCCCCAUACCCCUCCCUGCUUCCCCCCAUCCCCUUCCCUGUUCCCCCCCAUCCCCUUCCCUGCUUCCCCCCCAUCCCCCUCCCUGCUUCCCCCCAUCCCCUUCCCUGUUCCCCCCCAUCCCCUUCCCUGCUUCCCCCCCAUCCCCCUCCCUGCUUCCCCCCAUCCCCUUCCCUGCUUCCCCCCCAUCCCCCUCCCUGCUUCCCCCCAUCCCCUUCCCUGCUCCCCCCCAUCCCCUUCCCUGCUCCCCCCCAUUCCCUUCCCUGCUUCCCCCCAUCUCCUUCCCUUCUUCCCCCCAUCUCCGUCCCUGCUUCCCCCCAUCCCCCUCCCUGCUUCCCCCCAUACCCCUCCCUGCUUCCCCCCAUCCCCCUCUCUGCUUCCCCCCAUACCCCUCCCUGCUUCCCCCCAUCCCCUUCCCUGUUCCCCCCCAUCCCCUUCCCUGCUUCCCCCCCAUCCCCCUCCCUGCUUCCCCCCAUCCCCUUCCUUGCUUCCCCCCAUCCCCCUCCCUGCUUUCCCCCAUCCCCCUCCCUGCUUCCCCAUGUUCCCUUCCCUGCUUGCCCCCAUCCCCUUCCCUGCUUUCCCCCAUCCCCCUCCCUGCUUUCCCCCAUCCCCCUCCCUGCUUGCCCCCAUCCCCUUCCCUGCUCCCCCAUGUCCCCUUCCCUGCUUUCCCCCAUCCCCCUCCCUGCUUCCCCCCAUCCCCUUCCGUGCUUUUCCCCCUCCCGUUUCCAUCGCUUUCCCCCUCCCGUCGCCCUCGCUCUCCCCCUCCCGUCGACCUCGCUUUCCCCCUGCUCACUCGCAUCCCUCCUGCUCACUCUCUUUCCCUCUGCUCACUCUCUUCCCCCUUUCUCACUCUGCCCCCCCUUCCUCACUCUGUUUCCCCCUGCUCACUCUCUCCUCCUCACUCUAUUCCCCCCUGCUCUAUUCCCCCUGCUCUGUUCCACCCUGCUCACUCUCUCCUCCUCACUCUAAUCCCCCCUGUUCUGUUCCCCCCUGCUCUAUUCCCCCCCGCUCUAUUCCCCCCUGCUCUAUUCCCCCCCUGCUCUAUUCCCCCCUGCUCUAUUCCCCCCUGCUAUAUUCCCCCCUGCUCUAUUCCCCCCUGCUCUAUUCCCCCCUGCUCUAUUCCCCCCUGCUCUGUUCCCCCCUGCUAUGUUCCCCCCUGCUAUAUUCCCCCCUGCUCUAUUCCCCCCUGCUCUGUUCCCCCCUGCUCAAUUCCCCCCUGCUCUAUUCCCCCCUGCUCAAUACCCCCCUGCUCUAUUCCCCCUGCUCUAUUCCCCCCUGCUCUAUUCCCCCCUGCUCUAUUCCCCCCUCCUCUAUUCCCCCCUGCUCUAUUCCCCCCUGCUCUAUUCCCCCCUCCUCUAUUCCCCCCUGCUCUAUUCCCCCCUGCUCUAUUCCCCCCUCCUCUACUCCCCCCUGCUCUAUUCCCCCCUGCUCUAUUCCCUCCUGCUCUGUUCCCCCCUGCUCUAUUCCCCCCUCCUCUAUUCCCCCCUGCUCUAUUCCCCCCUGCUCUCUCCCCCCUUGCUCUCUCUCUUCUCACCUCCUCACUCCGUUUCCCCCUUGCUCACUCGGUUUUCCCAUUGCUCAUUCUCUUUCCCCCUGCUCACUCUCUUUCCCCAUUGCUCAUUCUCUUCCCCGCUGCUCAUUCUCUUUCCCCUUGCUCAUUCUGUUUCCCCCUGCUCAUUCUGUUCCCCCCCUGUUCACUCCCUUCCCCCAUGCCCACCCUCUUUCCCCCUGCUCACUCCCUUUCCCCCCUUCUCACUCUCUCCCCCCCUCCUCACUCUCUUUCCCCCCUGCUCAAUGUCUCCCCUGCACUCUGUUUUUUCCUGCUCAUUCUGUACAGGUCCCCAGCACCAGGUGUAGGGAGGGACCCACAAGUCCUGCUUUUUUGCUGCUGUGUAUGCAGACAAGAGUGGGAAAAGACAUAUUAUUAA